AUGCUCCUUCAAAUCUUCACGGUUUGGCUCGGAGUCUUCUCCAUCGGCUUCACCUUCCUUCCAAUGUUCAUGGUGCUCGACUGGAAAAAGCGCGGAACAGCCGAUGGGUUCAGUUCUGUGAACUUCGUGCUUCCGAUACUUGUACAAUCUUUCUGGCUUCGCCACGGAUUGAUGACAAACGACCAGACAAACAUCAUCAUCAACUCCAUCAACUUGGUUUUCUUUGCCUUUUACGUAUCAGCGUUUGCCUACUAUCAACCAAAGAGGAAAUACCUUCUCGGUCAAAUCAUCGCCGCUGCUCUCGCCAUCAAGGUAGCCUUUGCCUACGUCGAUACUCAUGACGCCGCCUCUAUCAACGACGCUAUGGGAUCUAUGGCCGCUGGUGCUCAGAUUUUCAGUUUGGUUGGAGGAAUAUACGAGAUUAAGCGUGCCAUCUCAAUGGGAACUACCGAAUACAUCCCAGCUGGAUUCCAGUUCGCCAUCUUCACUCUCAUCGUUCAGUGGCUUCUUUUCGGUAUCCUCCAUGGAAACCAAUUUAUUGCUAUUUCCAACGCCGCUGGUUUGCUUGUGAACAUUGCCACGAUUGCUUUGUACUUCUUCUAUCCACCACUCACAUGGACCGUUCCAAUUUUCAACAUUCCUCCACAGAAACAAGACAAUAAGAAGGUCGAGUAA